CCCUAAUCACAUUCUUCUUAAUCUAUUCUUCUCUUCUUUCUCCUACGAAUUGUGAGAGCGAUCUCUAUGUUUGUCAAAGGAAGAACUCAACCACACCUUUUUCUACCCUUUAGCAUCCGCGAAUCCGGUGUGUUGCAGGCCAAAUGGAGUCAUAUGUUGCGAAAAUGGAAGGAGAAUCUCAUGGAGCUGUUGGUGUGCUUGGAGGCGUGGCAGCAGUUUCUGUUGUGGCGGCGGCUGUUGUCCUGACUUACAAAUCAUACGGAAUAGGACAAAAAGUGGAGGGAGCAGAUGCCCAAAAAGUUGAAUAUGGAAAAGAUCCCUUCGAGGACAGUUUGGAUAAUGAGACUAAAAUUUUUCGUAGGUAUAUGCAGAAUUGUUAUGAAGAAAAUUGUAGACGACAUGGGCCAGAGAAAGUUUUUAAUAAAGAUAACAAAAAGGACAAGAAGAAUUGCGUGCUUGGUGGUGGUGUGGCAGCAGUUCUUGCUGUGGCAGCAAUUGUGGUCGUCCUGACUUGCAAAUCUUAAAAAAUGGCAGACUGAAUUAGACUCUAGUGGUAGGUUAUGGAUUUCUGGCAAUGUCUUCGAAUGUUAUCUUUAUUAUGGUUAAACUAUGACAUUGUGCAUGUAACGACCUAGAUUUUGUUGCAAGACAUUAUUGAAGGAAAAUCGAUUUUAAUACAGAAUAAGCAGCGGAAAAUAA